UUUUCUCCACAUGGUAAAACAGAAAAAUACUGGGAAAAAAAAGAGGCCAGUUUCACCACAGUACUGAUGUUUCAUAAAAGGUUAAUAUUACUAUGAACUGUUACUUAUGCCAGUAAUCUUUUUUUUUUUUAGUUUAUUCAUUAGGUGCUGCUCAUGUUCAUUCAUACAAAUCAUUUACAUGCCUGUUCUUACCUGCUCUUGCAGAUGUUUUUCUAAUAUUAGGCCACAAAGAUAUUUGUGGCUCACUUUUGGCUUACACUACACAUUCUUCACUCAUAAUCCAGGAAGAUCGGUUUACUGAAGCAUCUAAUUCAAGCAUCAAAAAAUAACAUUCCAGUUUUACAAAAGUUUAUUCCAUACACAUAACACAAUAAUACUAGAAUGUUUUUGCUGUUGUUGCCAUAAAAUUUAUAAAAAUGUGUUAAUGUGGCGUAACUCUGGUCUCUUAUUUCUACUCUGACAUGUUCCCCCAUAUGACCAGUUUUCUGUUUCAUGCUUGGGCGGGGUCAACUUUCUUCAGUUUUAUCUACCUGUAUGCUUCACCUGGUUCACCAGCCCAGGUCUUUUCAGUGUUCUGCCUGUGAUUGGCUGACUGCCUCCCCACAAGGGACUGUCAUGUCUGAACACAGUAGCCGUUUGAAUAAAAGCUACUGGAUUCAUGUUCAGAUUUGUUUUAUCCUGCAGAUCAGUUGCACUCUUCAUCUUCCUCUGGAUCCAGCAAAAUCAUGGUCCAUUUUAGCCCUGCACACUUGUUGGCAGGAACCUGUGUGCUUUUAAGUGCAGGUGUCCUGACACAGAAAGUCACCACCUGUUACUGCGGCACUGUUCACCGCCUGAGCUGUGACACAGGAGUGAUAAGUGUGCAGACUGCGCUGUGGGGUCAUGAAGACGAGAGAUGCUUUCAUGGACAACCUCCAUACCCCGUUAACCAAGACUGUUCUCCAAUGGGAACUGUGGAAAACCUCAAGACCAGAUGUGAUGGGAAAAAAGUUUGUGAAUUAACCCCUGCGGACAUCAGAUACCCUGGUUCCUGCACUGGAUAUCUACACACAACAUACACCUGCAUUCCGGCAAAUUAUCUUGUUACAUGUGAGCACUCACUUGCGUACCUGCAGUGUGACAAAGGGCAGGUGAUACAUGUCUACAGUGCUGACUACGGCCGUCGUGACCGUACUACAUGCAUUUAUAAUCGACCAUACUCUCAGAUCCAGAAGACUGACUGUUCAAGCCCUUCAAGCAAAGUAGCUGAGAGCUGUAAUGGGAAAAACAGCUGCAUUAUCAAAGUGAGCAACUCUGUGUUUGGAGACCCCUGUAAAGGCACCUACAAAUACCUGGAGGCGUCGUAUAUGUGUCAGGAUGCUCUGACUCCAAGUAAUCCUCCAAGUGAGAGUCCAAGUGAACCUCCAAAAUCAAUAACCAUGCACAACAGCAGACUGACUGGAAGACUGCUGCUGGCAGUGACCUUGUUCUUGAUGGAAACAGUCGUUUCCACAAAGACAGUUACCACCUGUGACAACAGCUACAACGUCCAUCGCCUCAGUUGUGAUUUCGGAGUCAUUGGUGUGCAGUCUGCUCUCUAUGGACGUGCAGACUCUGAGACCUGCAGUGAGGGCAGACCUGCAAACCAGAUUUCUGAUACAUCGUGCUCCCAGCAGGGCACCACAGAUGUCAUCAGGACAAGGUGUGAUGGUAAGAGUGUGUGUGAACUGAACGUAAAAGUUGUUCGCACAUCAGAUCCCUGCGCAGGUACCUAUAAAUAUCUGCAGACCAACUACACCUGCCUCCCAGCAAUUCAAGUUACCGCAUGUGAGUUCUCUGUGGCCCACCUGUACUGUGAUGUAGGACAAGUAAUACUUGUCUACGGAGCUGAUUAUGGCCGUCGUGACCAGACCACAUGCAUCUACAAACGGCCCGAGUCACAGAUUACAAACGUCGACUGCUCAAAUCCCACUAAAAAAGUUGCUGAAAGCUGUAAUGGGAAAAACAGUUGCAUCAUCAAUGCAAACAAUGCCUUCUUUGGAGACCCUUGUCAAGGCACUUACAAGUACCUGGAGGUGGCUUACGUUUGUGAAUAUCCUACUGUGUAAUGACAACUUAAACGUGUGCUAUACAGGAUCUAAACUCAUGUCUUAAUAAAUAUGUAUUAAAUAAAGGAAAUCAGCAAGCUG